UGAAGAGUUUUAGCUAGUUUUUAUUAAUUCUAUAUUUGCAUCGUUUUUGCCAAUAGAUAUUCUUGACGAUCGUUUAAGAACCCAGAAUCGAACGAAUCUUCGUAGUAGUUUGACCGUGCCACAGCUUUUCAAAACGGAGUAAUUGUACACCAAGAGUAAGAAGAAGAAGAAUAAGGACGCUGCUGUUUGAUAUUAUUUUACAAUCGGCGAAAGUUUGCAAAUAUCUGACGAAACAUUCUUCGUGCCAUCAAUAACAAACGUUAGGCAAAACGCGGUCGACUGAAAUGUCUGAUCGUGAUCGAGAAUACCGCGGCGGGGGAGGAGGUCGCGGUGGAGGAGGUGGCGGCGGUGGUGGAGGAGGUGGCGGAGGAGGUGGAGGAGGACGCCAUCGCUCACGUUCUAGAGAACGUCGUCGAAGCAAUUCUCGUGGUCGUGACCGAAGGAGGUCGCGAUCAAGGUCGCCGUACCGGAAGCAUCGUUCCCGUAGGCGCAAGCCAUCUCUGUACUGGGACGUGCCACCGCCGGGCUUCGAGCACAUCACGCCGCUACAGUACAAAGCCAUGCAGGCCGCCGGCCAGAUCCCGGCUAACAUUGUUGCGGAUACGCCACAAGCAGCUGUUCCCGUCGUAGGAUCAACCAUCACACGCCAGGCGAGACGUCUGUAUGUUGGUAACAUACCGUUCGGCGUGACGGAGGAAGAAAUGAUGGAGUUCUUCAACCAGCAGAUGCACCUCUCCGGUUUGGCGCAAGCCGCCGGCAAUCCGGUGCUUGCUUGUCAGAUAAAUCUAGAUAAAAAUUUUGCGUUCCUCGAGUUUCGUUCAAUUGACGAGACGACGCAAGCCAUGGCAUUCGAUAGCAUUAAUUUUAAGGGUCAAAGCUUGAAAAUUCGUCGGCCUCAUGAUUAUCAGCCCAUGCCGGGCAUGACCGAUUCGGCAGCCCUUAAUGUGCCGGAAAAAUUCUCUGGCGUUAUCAGCACGGUUGUACCCGACUCUCCGCACAAGAUUUUCAUCGGUGGUUUGCCUAACUACUUAAACGAGGAUCAGGUUAAAGAAUUAUUGCUCUCAUUCGGCCAACUGAAGGCGUUCAAUCUGGUCAAGGACGCCGCGACCGGUCUGGGCAAAGGUUACGCGUUCGCUGAGUACGUCGAGUACACGAUCACCGAUCAGGCAAUUGCUGGCUUAAACGGCAUGCAACUCGGUGAUAAGAAAUUGAUCGUCCAGCGUGCCAGUGUAGGAGCGAAGAAUUCGAACGCCGCCGUGGUGGCGCCGGUACAGAUUCAGGUACCGGGUCUGUCACUUGUCGGUUCGUCCGGACCGCCAACGGAGGUUCUGUGUCUGCUGAAUAUGGUCACUCCGGAUGAGCUGAAGGAUGAAGAAGAGUAUGAAGAUAUUCUCGAGGACAUUCGGGAAGAGUGUAACAAGUACGGCAUGGUACGGAGUGUUGAAAUUCCACGGCCCAUCGAGGGCGUGGACGUCCCCGGCUGUGGCAAGGUGUUUGUUGAGUUUAAUUCAAUUGUCGAUUGCCAAAAAGCUCAGCAGGCCCUUACUGGGCGAAAGUUCAGUGAUCGUGUCGUCGUUACGUCCUACUUCGAUCCAGAUAAGUAUCACCGGCGAGAGUUUUAAGCGCAGUAUUGUUUGUACGUAUGAAGUUUCGUAACAAACAGAGGGAGGGAGCGUGAAUAACUUAUGCUAUGACGAUCGCUCCAACAAUGACAUUGUGCAGUUGAAAUUGCCUUCGUUUGAACACUGAGUAGCUGCUCUUCAGCUUUUUUGCAGAUUAUCAGAUCUUUUUUCCAUGAUUUAUCAUUUUACAGGCGCAUAACGCGCUACAGAUUGUUGGUUUGCACUCAAAACACCGCAUUUGAAGUAAAGAAAUGUGUAUGUUUUUUUAGAUGGUUGAUUGCAUGAGCCCAUCCUUGAAAAUGCUAUGCAAUGAUGAACAAACUUGAUAACCUUUAGACCGUGAACUUACUUCAGAUCAUGCGUGUAAUGUUCAUGACCGGAAUAAUACAACUUUUUGAAAAACAACGUUGCUGUGAACAUUUGGAAAUCUUUUAUGAAACAUCACCCUCAUUGUGAAGGCUAAAUUGUGUGACCAAUAUCAGGAGCGAUGUGAGUUAUGUGAAAGAAGACAAAAUGCAGCACCGUUGCUGAUAUAACGCCCAUCAAUAAUUUUUUUUCGUUUUGCAAUGGGAAUCUUAUCAAAUUACAACAAAUUAAUCACUUGGACCACAAACGAACUGGACGUAAGAGGAAGUAUGUCUUACGUUGAAAAUGUACAGAAAGUUAACAGCACCUAUUUUAGAUUCCACACGAUGAUAAUUUCCAUACACUCAGUCUCUAGGGUAACUUAUCGUAGAAGUUUAAGACAAAAGGUACGUGGCGAAUGCAUACAACGCGGUUGGAAAUGCUCCACCUUCCAACAACACCACCAAAUUAUUCAAUCAAUAAAUGACGA